AUGAUGCAGGAUGCAGGAUCUGUGACCUGGCCGGGAUUCCGCAUAGCCUUCUACUCCAAGUAUUUUCCUUCCAGUCGUAUCAGGGAGCUGGAGAGGGAGUUUCUGAGCCUCUCUCAGGGGAGUAUGACUGUGGAGGACUAUGAAGCUGAGUUUGAUCGGUUGUCCCGUUUUGCACCAUCUCUUGUCCAAGACCCUAAAUCUAGGAUGAGUAGAUUUGAGGAAGGACUGAGGCCUCGCCUGCGUCAGGGUUCAGCUGCUGUUCACUCGACUGAUUAUGAUGACCUAGUUGACAGAGCUAAAAAUAUGGAGAUCAUCUGGAAGGAGACACAGGAUGCUCAGAAAGGGAAGUCGAAGAGGACCAGGGACUUUGAUUCUGACAGUGAGCGGCAUAUGCGCCGACCUAUGCAGUUCCGUCCAGGAGCAGGGCAGCGAGUUCCAUAUGGGAGGACUGCACCGGAUCGCAGGGGGAUAUCAGGAGUGUGCUCCAGGUGUAGUCAGACUGGACAUAGAGCUGUUGAGUGUCUUCAGACACGGCCUGGUAUUGGGGCAUGUUUCAGGUGUGGUCAGCAGGGCCACCGGAUAGCUGAGUGCCCUCAGACUCAGACUGUUUCUGGAGUUUGUUUCAAGUGUGGUCAGCCGGGUCCCAGGAUUUCUAGUUGUCCUCGUACUAGAUCUGCGCCGAGGCCACCGAGUUCUGUAGCUCCUCAACGACAGAUUUCCUUCACUCCAGUACAGGCUACCCAGUCAGCUGUCCCCAGGCAGCAAAGGGGAGGAGGAUCUCGUACCCAGGGACGAGUUUAUGCACUGACUCAGCAGGAUGCUCAGGCAUCCAACACUGUAGUGACAGGUACACUGUUGGUAUCUUCCACUUAUGCUUAUGUGUUAUUUGAUUCUGGUGCUACGCAUUCUUUUAUCUCAUCUUCAUAUGUGCAUAAGUGCGAUUUACACUACUCUUCCUUAGAGAGGAAAUUAUGCAUUAGUACUCCAGCUGGGGGUACGAUGACAGUUAGUCAGAUCUGCAUUUCCUGUCCAGUACUAGUUGAGGGUAGAGAUUUGAGAGCUAAUUUGAUUGUUAUGAAUCUGCAUGACUUUGAUGUAAUCUUGGGUAUGGAUUGGUUGGCUGCAUACCACGCUACCAUAGACUGUUUUCUGAAGAGGGUGACCUUCCGGAUCCCGGGUAUUGAUGAGUUCAGUUUUAUGGGUGAUGACUGGGGUGUUUCUUCUCAGGUAGUGUCUGCUAUACAGGGCAUAAGAUCCCUUAGAAAGGAGUUUCCCAUCUUUAUGGCCGCAAUUGCAGAUUCUGGACAGUCUGAACAGAGAAUUGAGGAUAUACCAGUAGUCAGUGAGUACCCUGAUGUCUUUCCUGAUGAUCUGCCUGGCUUACCUCCUGAUAGAGAUGUCGAGUUUGCUAUUGAUAUAAUCCCUGGUGAUGGCGAGGACGUGGACCAAGAUGCAAGGGAUGCUGAGAUUAUUCUGUGGAUAAGAAUGAAUUCAGGUGCUUGGAACGGCUGGAAGGUUGAUCGCAAAGGGAAGAUUGGCCUGUUCUGUUUCCGAAACAGGGGAGAUUCACAGCAUAUGCGAACGGGUGAUGAGGAUGAAUUCUGUUUGGAUCCCGGGAUGCGGAACUGUGAACGUUGGGGUGUUGUUCACGACUUAGAUAAGGUGCCGGAAGAAUCGGAAAAUAAGGAUGAAUUGAGGGAGAGGGAAGAUGCUGAGGAUUAA